CCGUGUCCCUUCCCGUUCCUUUUCUCCGCCUUACCCUUACUGACGAUGGCGGCCCCCCACAACGAAGGAACGGAAAUAGCGGGAGGCUGCCCUUGGUCAAGAUGGCGCCGGCGGCGUCAGUUGCGAAAGGCUCUGGGCCGAGCGGGGCCCGCCGGCGUCCUAGCGGCUUCGCGCGAGCCCCGGAGGCUUCCGGACGGCGCGCUGCCUUGUGGGGUGGCGGCGGCGGCGCUGCUGAGCCCGGCUGCGGGGCGUCCUCCGCACCGGGGCCAUGGCUUCCUGUGCGGCGGUGUCUCCCAGCAUCGUGGAGUAUUUCGAGGGCGAGGACUUCUACCGCUGCGGUUAUUGCAAGAACGAGUCGGGUAGUCGCUCCAAUGGCAUGUGGGCACACUCCCUGACUGCGCAGGACUACCAGGACCUCAUAGACCGAGGAUGGCGCAGAAGUGGGAAAUACGUGUACAAACCUGUCAUGAAUCAAACCUGUUGUCCUCAGUACACAAUAAGGUGCCGGCCUUUGCAGUUUCAGCCAUCAAAAUCUCACAAGAAGGUUUUGAAAAAAAUGUUGAAAUUCCUGGCAAAAGGGGAGAUUUCCAGAGGAAACUGCGAGGACGAGCCCAUGGAUUCUACAAUGGAGGAUGCUGUUGCUGGUGACUUUGCAUUAAUCAACAAAUUGGAUAUAAAGUGUGACAGAACAAUUACUGAUGACUUCAGACAGAGCCUAGACAGUGAAGAGAAGGGAAAAAAUGCCAAGAAAGAAGACUCCAAUGAAUUAAUUCAGCCACAGGACAUCGAGGAGAAGUUGGGCUCAGGUGAACCGUCCCAUCUGGGGAGAGUUCACACGGCUCCUAAGCCAGGCAGAGGGGCUGAUUUGAGUAAGCCUCCAUGUCGAAAAGCAAAGGAAAUCCGGAAAGAAAGGAAAAGGUUAAAACUGCUGCAGAGAGGCUCGUGUGCAGAGGGCUUCCAGGCCCAAGGUCAGCCGCCCAAGGCCAAGUCCAACCAGCCCAAGUCCCUUGAAGAACUGAUCUUUGAAUCUUUGCCGGAGAAUGCAUCACACAAGUUAGAGGUGAGGGUGGUGAGAUCAUCUCCCCCAAGUUCUCAGUUCAAAGCCACAUUUCAGGAGUCUUACCAACUCUAUAAACGUUACCAGAUGGUUGUGCACAAGGACCCACCUGACAAACCAACUGUGAGCCAGGUGAGGUUAGUACCUGUCUCCUUUGAGGACCCAGAAUUCAAGUCGUCCUUCAGCCAGUCCUUUUCUUUAUAUGCCAAGUAUCAAAUGAGCAUACACCAGGAUCCGCCCGAGGAGUGUGGGAAGACAGAGUUCACAAGGUUCCUUUGCAGUUCGCCAUUGGAGGCAGAGAUCGCCGCUGGUGGACCCGAGUGCGGGUAUGGCUCCUUCCACCAGCAGUACUGGCUGGACGGCAAGAUCAUUGCCGUGGGCGUGAUCGACAUCCUUCCCUCCUGUGUCUCGUCCGUGUACUUGUACUAUGACCCCGACUACUCCUUCCUGUCCCUGGGUGUCUACUCGGCGCUAAGAGAGAUGGCUCUCACCAGGAAACUGCAUGAGAAGACGGCCCAGCUCAGCUAUUACUACAUGGGCUUCUACAUCCAUUCCUGCCCCAAGAUGAAGUAUAAGGGUCAGUAUAGACCUUCUGACUUGCUGUGUCCGGAGACGUACGUCUGGGUGCCCAUAGAGCAGUGCCUGCCUUCCCUGGACCAUGCCAAGUACUGCCGAUUCAACCAGGAUCCUGAAGCAGUGGAUGAAGGUCGCAGCAAGGACGCUGACCGCCUGCAGGUGUUUUACAAGAAGACCGUCAUGCCGUACGGGGUUUACAGGAAGCACCAGAAAGACCCGAGUGAGGAGGCGGCCGUGCUGCAGUACGCGAGCCUGGUGGGGCAGGCAUGCUCCGAGCGGAUGCUGUUGUUCAGAAACUGAGGCCGCGGCCUCAGC